AUGCUUCGUCAUUGCUACCAACUAGUUCACACGUCUAUAUGCUGCGUGUGUGCUGCGUGUGUGCUGUGCGUGUGCUACACGCGUGCAGAGGACAUGGGCGGCGCGUUGGAGGAGCAGAGCGCGGGCGCGCUGCUGAGAGUGCCGCGCGCCGUGAGGGAGACGAAGCGCGUGCGCGACGACGCCGUGUCGCUCAAAGGCACUGUUGCCAGCAUCCUGCAGCGCCUGCAGCAGGUGCGUGGGGGCAGGAGCAGGGGCGGUCAGGGAGGGCAAUAUCUUAAAGGCACUGCGGCCAGCAUCCUGCAGCGCCGCAGCCGGGGGGGGGAGGAGAUGGGAGGGAUGGGGGUGGAGGCUACGUCAGCAGCAUCCGUGGCGGUGCUGGCGAAGGUGGAUGCAGUGAAGCAGCAGAUGGAGGCGGCGAGAGACACGCUCCAGUACGCGGCAGGCUUGGCACAGCUGAGCGCGUCAGUGGAGCAGGUGUUCGCCAGUGGCGACCUGCCACGUGUCGCUGAGACACUGGCCAACAUGCGGCGCUGCCUGGAGGUGGUGGGCGAUGCGCCGGAGUUUGCAGCGAACAAGAGGCAGCUUCAAUCGCUGGAGGAUCGGUUGGAGCAGAUGGUGCAGCCGCGGCUGUCAGACGCGCUCACACACAGCAAGGUGGGGUGA